AUGACAGGAAUUCAAUACAUCGUCAUGGCCAUCGCGGCCCUGGCCCCCCAGGCCUUCGCUCAGACCUGUGCGACCAUCAACCCGGCAAAUCCGGCGACUUUUGCUUCUGGAUAUUCUGGUCGCGUUGUCAUGAAUGGCUUAAAGACGCCUCGGGGAUUCGUCUUCGACUGCCAAGGCAAUAUUCUCACUGCAGAGCAAGGUGGCUAUGGCGUGAGGUAUAUCCAAUUGACCGACAAUGGAGGGACGAAUGUCUGUGUUAAGUCGUCGAAGCAGCUGAUUUCGGAUAGCUCUAUCAAUCAUGGCAUUGCCCUGACCCCGGACUGCAAAACUCUCUUUGUGUCUUCCCUAACUACAGUCUGGUCCUGGACCUACGACGGCACUACCGGCACCGUCAGCAACAAAAAAACUGUCGUCCAAAACAUGAGGAAUGGUGGAUUCCAUCUCUCCCGGACUUUGCUUGUGCCUAAGGCAAACCCGGAUGUCCUCAUCAUCCAGCGAGGUUCAGAUGGCAAUCUCGAUUCUGCGGCUGCUAAAGUUGAAACGGCCCGAAGUCAACUCCGCAUUUUCAAGAUUGCGGAUAUCCAGGCCGCGGCUGUCGAUUACACCAAGGGCGAAGUGUUGGGCAUGGGGCUAAGGAAUACAGUUGGCGUUGGUGAGGAUCCGAGGGGCGGCAUUUGGUCCGUAGAUAAUGGCUGCGAUGACAUGAAGCGCGGCGGCUCCGACAUCCACCAAGAGAACCCCUGCGAAGAACUCAACUACCACGGCAUGAUCAACGAUACCGCCUCCGCUGAACGCGGCAAAGACUACGGCUACCCCGACUGCUACGCGGUGUGGGACCCAUCCAUCAUUCCCAACGGCUCCGGGCUCAAGGUCGGUCAAAACUUCGUCAUCGACAGUCCCACGGCUGGUAACACAGACGCCACAUGCCAAGCGAAGAUGGCGCCGAAAUUGUGCUUCCCGAGCCAUACCGCGCCGCUGGAUAUCAAGUUCAAUGCCAAGGGCGAUACGGCAUAUGUGCCAUUCCAUGGCUCUUGGGACCGAACGUCACCGGAUGGUUACCGGCUGUCCAAGGUCGCGUUUGAUCCGGUGAUGGGCAUGCCGACUGCGCCUUCGACAUCGAAGACGGCGGCUGUGAAUAUUAUGUAUAACGAAAAUCUAGGGGGAUGUCCGAAUAAGUGCUUUAGGCCUGUGAAUGUCGCGUUUGGACCUAAUGGUCAGCUCUUCAUGACGUCAGAUACAACAAAUGAGAUUUGGGUUAUCGGGGGAGCUACAUAUAAAUGAGAGGAAAGACUGGAUACUUGAAGGAAAGAGGAGUUGGGCCAGAACGAUACGCUCGGCUGUAUGUAAUUACCUGUUGUAGAAUACACAAUCGUUUCCGGAAUUUGUGGGGACACGUGCUUCACCUUUGCCCCAGAACUGGAGCGAUCAUAGAUC